AUGGAGAAUGGAUUUGGGAAGAGCAGAAAACCGCCGCCCCCCGGCGGGCAAACCGCCGCCCCCCGGCGGGCAAACCGCCGCCCCCCGGCGGGCAAACCGCCGCCCCCCGGCGGGCAAACCGCCGCCCCCCGGCGGGCAAACCGCCGCCCCCCGGCGGGCAAACCGCCGCCCCCCGGCGGGCAAACCGCCGCCCCCCGGCGGGCAAACCGCCGCCCCCCGGCGGGCAAACCGCCGCCGCCCCCCGGCGGGCAAACCGCCGCCCCCCGGCGGGCAAACCGCCGCCCCCCGGCGGGCAAACCGCCGCCCCCCGGCGGGCAAACCGCCGCCCCCCGGCGGGCAAACCGCCGCCCCCCGGCGGGCAAACCGCCGCCCCCCGGCGGGCAAACCGCCGCCCCCCCGGCGGGCAAACCGCCGCCCCCCCGGCGGGCAAACCGCCGCCCCCCGGCGGGCAAACCGCCGCCCCCCGGCGGGCAAACCGCCGCCCCCCGGCGGGCAAACCGCCGCCCCCCGGCGGGCAAACCGCCGCCCCCGGCGGGCAAACCGCCGCCCCCCGGCGGGCAAACCGCCGCCCCCCGGCGGGCAAACCGCCGCCCCCCGGCGGGCAAACCGCCGCCCCCCGGCGGGCAAACCGCCGCCCCCCGGCGGGCAAACCGCCGCCCCCCGGCGGGCAAACCGCCGCCCCCCGGCGGGCAAACCGCCGCCCCCCGGCGGGCAAACCGCCGCCCCCCGGCGGGCAAACCGCCGCCCCCCGGCGGGCAAACCGCCGCCCCCCGGCGGGCAAACCGCCGCCCCCCGGCGGGCAAACCGCCGCCCCCCGGCGGGCAAACCGCCGCCCCCCCGCGGGGAAACCGCCGCCCCCCCGGCGGGGAAACCGCCGCCCCCCGAUGGGGAAACCGCCGCCCCCCGGCGGGGAAACCGCCGCCCCCCGGCGGGGAAACCGCCGCCCCCCGGCGGGGAAACCGCCGCCCCCCCGGCGGGGAAACCGCCGCCCCCCGGCGGGGAAACCGCCGCCCCCCGGCGGGGAAACCGCCGCCCCCCGGCGGGGAAACCGCCGCCCCCCGGCGGGGAAACCGCCGCCCCCCGGCGGGGAAACCGCCGCCCCCCGGCGGGGAAACCGCCGCCCCCCCGGCGGGGAAACCGCCGCCCCCCGGCGGGGAAACCGCCGCCCCCCGGCGGGGAAACCGCCCGCCCCCCCGGCGGGGAAACCGCCGCCCCCCCGGCGGGGAAACCGCCGCCCCCCGGCGGGGAAACCGCCGCCCCCCGGCGGGGAAACCGACGCCCCCCGGCGGGGAAACCGACGCCCCCCGGCGGGGAAACCGACGCCCCCCGGCGGGGAAACCGACGCCCCCCGGCGGGGAAACCGACAAACGUGAACUUGCAAAAACAAUUAAAAAAUGGAAAUGUGUAACUUUGAACUCUGCACCUUCAAGUUACCAUGCAAUGCUUCUCUCAUUUCACCAUGGAGAAUGGAUUUGGGAAGAGCAGAUAUCACGUCAUGGCAGCAAGAGUGGAAUUUUACCAGAGUCGAAAGGAACCCGACAAUGGACUGCUGAACUCAAAGGUAUCUCUCGGAAGUGUAACUUUGUCGCCCGCAUAUCCCGGGAAUCUUACGCAGAUGACGUGGUCUGGGAUCACCUGAUCCAAGCUGCCCCAGACGCGGCUUUCUGCCACGACGCCUUAAAGUUGGAGGACCCGUCGCUAGAUCAAAUCAUAGACCUUGCAUUCAAGUUUGAAGUUCCCACUGCAGCUGACCAUAGAUUGGAAACGUGGACCGACGUCGCAGUCGUCCGAGAAGAGACUUCCGACGUCCAGGAGGACACUGCGGCCGUAUACGCACCUUCACACCGCACUCCCCAGCGCACCGCCCCGGCAUCUUCUCGGCGUACGGAAAACAAAAAAAGACGGUCGUUCAAGGAAGACAACCAGCAGCACUCACGGGGCCAGCAACGCCGCCGCAGAGAACCCCUGGGCCUUCCAUCAUGUCCAGGAUGCUAUUCCCAGCAUGAACAGGAGGAUUGUCCUGACCGCUGGGCGACGUGUCGCCGUUGCAAUCGGGACGGGCACCUUGCCUCUGUCUGUCGCUCUGCCACGGCGCCAAUCUCCAGGCACUCUGACACCAAGGCGUCCGUGGACAUCAACCAAGUUGUGUCUUUGGCGUCCCCCAAACUGUAUAUUGAUGUCACCCUAUUGGGGCCGCCAGACCCCGUCCAGCAGCAACAGCCGUCGUCUCCACAGCGGCUGCUGGCUCCACCGGCUCCUGCACCGGCCCGACCGGCUGCGCCAUCCACCAUCGUUGACGAUGCCCCCGUGCCCUUGGCACCGCCGCCGCCGGUGUCGCAGCCUAGCUAG